CGAAAAACGAAAGCGUAUCCGGCACUUUCGCCUCUCUCUAUCCGAAUACAAGAAUUGUAUUGUUUGUAUCGUAUCGUACUCGUCGCUUGUACUUCUGACUAGAUAGACCUCGACAGUUACUUUGCCUUUCUGGUACAGCACUCUCGCGCUUGCACCCGUUCCAUUCCUACUCACCAUCACGGCUUCCAGUUCCCGGAUCUCGCUACCCGUCCACGCGCACGUAUACGUUCUCUCUCGGUCACAAAAGCAUGUGGGCUUUGGUAUGGUCGGUGACCGCACUCGUGUGGGUGUCGAGUCCGUGUACGGCCUUUUACGUGCCGGGCGUGCAGCCCUUGUCCUUCCAGGACGGUGACGAAGUCCCGCUCAAGGUCAACGCCUUGACGUCCACGCAUACGCAAAUGCCCCGCGAUUACUACCGCUUGCCCUUUUGUCAACCGCCCGACGGCCCGCGCAUGGCUAGCGAGAAUUUGGGCGAAUUCCUCACGGGCAACAAAAUCCAAAACUCGCCCUACCGGAUCUCCAUGCGGACCGAAACGUACUGCCAGAAACUGUGUCAGAUCACGUUGGAGAAAAUCGACGCCGCGAAACUCCGACUCCACGUCAAGUACGGAUACCACAACAAUUGGAUUAUUGAUAACCUCCCGUCCGCGGCAUUGGGUGUUGGAGCAAAAGGAGAAACCAAGCGGCGUUACGCCGGUGGAUUUCCCAUUGGAUUCCUCGCCAAGGAUAACAAGUUGCCCUAUAUCUACAAUCACGUCAAUAUACACAUUGACUACCACAAGGAAGACGCGGAGGACGGCAACGGAUACCGCGUCGUAGCCUUUGCCGUUGAGCCCCUCUCCGUCAAACACAAGUUCAAGGCGGGGUACGACUGGGACGGUAUUUCUGCCGCCGGUCUCACCAAGCCCUUGGAAACCUGCGACGCGGACAAACACCUACGAGCCAAAGACAUCAAGUCGGCGCAAAUCGUCAAGCCGGGGGAAACCAUUCUCUACACCUACGACGUUACCUGGAAGGAGUCGCCGGUGGAAUGGACCUCCCGUUGGGACGUGUACUUGAGUGAGGAUCAUUUGGUACCGGCACAAGUACACUGGUAUUCCAUCACCAAUUCCAUCCUCGUCGUUAUCUUCCUCUCGCUCUUGGUCGUUUCCAUCCUCGUCCGGAAUCUGAAGCGUGAUAUUGCAGCCUACAAUGCCUUGGCGGCCCUCACGGAUGAAGAAAAAGACGAAGACGUGGACGAAACCGGCUGGAAGUUGGUGCACGCCGACGUCUUUCGCCCACCCCAGAACCAUCCCAUGUUGUUUUGUGUAUUCAUAGGCUCAGGCGCGCAGCUCUGUCUCACAAUUCUCUGUGCCAUUUGUCUCGCGGCGGUGGGAUUCUUGUCCCCAGCCCGUCGGGGCUCCCUCAUGAACGCGUUUCUGAUCUUUUACAUGCUCGGUGGUAUAUUUGCCGGAUACGUAUCUUCCCGUCUCUACAAAGCCUUUCGGGGACGCCAGUGGCAGGUGUGCACCAUUAUGACGGCUUUGCUCUACCCCGGAAUCGCCUUUGGGACCUUUGUCUUUUUCAAUCUCAUUCUCUGGGUCUUGCCGGACGCCGUGAGUGCGCCCUUUCUGGACGUCCUCAUCGUCGCCACCAUGUGGUGCUGUGUGAGUGUUCCCCUCGUUUUCGUCGGGGCCUACUUUGGAUAUAAGGAAGCAGCCAUGGAAUUCCCCACUGUCACCUCCACGAUUUCACGGGCCAUUCCUCCGGCUCCACCUCUCCUCCACCCCUACGUCGGCAUGGCCCUGGCCGGCCUCAUUCCGUUCGCCGCCGCUUACGUGGAACUCUUUUUCAUCAUGAACAGUUUGUGGAUGGACCAAUUCUAUUACGUUUUCGGAUUCACGCUGGCGGUCUACCUCAUUCUUAUUAUAACCUGCGCCGAAGUCACCGUCUUGCUCGUCUACUACCAACUGUGUGCCGAAAAUCACCGCUGGUGGUGGUACAGUUUCUUUUGCUCGGGCGGCACAGCAAUCUACAUGUUCAUCUACAGCAUUUUCUGGUUCCGCACGUUGGAAGCCUCGCGCAUGGUCAUGACCUACUUGCUCUACUUUGGUUACAUGUUCCUCAUGUGUUUUGGUAUGAUGUUGGUCUUUGGUAUGAUUGGCGCCAUGACCACUUUGUGGUUUACGCGGAAAAUCUUCGCCACUAUCAAGGUGGACUAGAAAAACCCGCAGAUCCGUGUACGGGUAGCACGUCCCUGAUUGACUAUGAGUAAGCGACUAUCGGAAAGGAACUUGUCCGCUCACCCACUUUAAACAAAAUUAGGUAUUGCAUUAUUCGU